CUUGAUGGCUCAGCUCGUAAACCGAGUCAUCUGGUCUCGCCCGCGGUUCGAUCUGCAAGCAAUCUACCCGUGCUGGGCAGUCGAAUCCCAUCCGUCUCACAUACGGCCGUUCGUGCUAGUGGAUUGCCCAGAGCGACAUGUAUCACAAUGGGGCCAUCACAACCGUCUCCACAUACAGCCACACCACCGACGUCUACGACGCGAAUCCCAAACAGCAAUAACAACACAACGGACACACAUACGGCCACGGUUACAGAUUUACUUGUGGAGGGUGCUGAGCUUUCAAAACAAGCGAACGGACCAUCUGGUCAUCCUCGCCGAACGGGACCGAUUUCAGCCUCACCACUAACCUCACGAAAUCCACGUGCGGGAACUAACGCGAAUACACCUGCUGUCUCGACAACUUCAAGCUCCGCUAAGCCAAGUGGUCUCCGAGUCCCGUCCGCUCUCGGUGCUCACAGAUCCGCGAUGACCUGCCCACCGUCUGCCUCGAGCCGUUCCCUGGCUUCAAGUCGAUCUGCCUCGACAACCGGUUCCAUAAAUAAUCUUACCUCAACCACGCAAGCACAUCGCGCCCAGGCCGUAUCCGCACAAUCCGUAUGUGCUGCCUUGAACAAACGGGAACGGAGUAUUGCGAUCGCGAAACCAAUGGUUCGACCUCAACCAACUGGUACUUCUCACACGGCUAAACCACCCUCUCUCUCGACUACCUCGAUCCCGUCGAGUGUGGCCCAUUCCAUGACACCGAUAUCAACAACUAAGUCACGUAUUGGGAGCGGUGGCAUUCCAAUGUCAAAUACGGCACUCUCAUCCACGCUAACCAAUGGCUGCACAGUGUCCUCGGAAGCCCCUAAACCUAUCCGAGGAGGUCGCAAGUCACUCACUGGUCGCAAACCGGAUUCACGUCAAGUGCCGAAUAAUGUCCAAGUCAAGGCAGUUUGCAAGCCCAAACCCGUUUUGAACCAUGUGGAACCUAUUGAGAAUGGGAUCGGUGCACCAACGCCUGCUGGACAAACUACCGCAUCAACUUCAUCCAACUCCAGCUCGUCAUCACCGUACAAUACGACUCGGUCGGCAAAAUCAGUCAAGCACGGCCUGGAGAAUAAGAAUGCUGAUGUGGACUCGUUUUCAAACGGGAUCGUAACGGACUCGAACCAGGGUAAUGCAAAUGGAAUGUGGAUUGUGCGUGGCGAGUUGGGUGUGGUGAACGGCUUGAAGUGA